UUACCUGCAGUACAAGCAGCAACCACGAAAAUAAUAUCCACAAAAUGACUAAAUACUGUUCAACCACGAAUAUUAAUUUUUGUCCCCCGCAAAUUAACACCAACUUUGCCUCGAUUUCAAGCCGCAAGGAAGCUACGCAUGCGCAUGCGCAAAAGCCUCGCCUACACAUGAUGAGAGCUCAGCAAUAAUUAUUAUGCAAUUAUGUCUUGCUCAAGAAAAGCAUGAUGGUAGAAACAAAUUCACAGAAGAUGAGAGGAAAGGGUGAAAAGUCUACGGAUUUUACAGAAAGGUCACCUCUGUUGCAAACCCCUAUUGCAAGUAGUGUUACUGUAAGCAGUCCCACUUUUGGUCGCUGUAGAGCUAGAGCCUCAUGUGCCAGACGUCCAUUGCCCCAAGGAAAAGGAUUGCUGUUGUUAUUGCUUGUUUACUUUGUUGAGAGUUUUGCCUUUUAUUGUGCAACUAAAGGCAUUCGGGUGCUACUCUUUAAAGAUGAAAGCAAGCAAGUUUGGGGAAGUUUUAUCUACUCACUUGUGUACAACUCUCUUGGUCGUCUCUUUUACCCAUUGGCAGGUGUUUUAGCUGAUACUUUUUGGGGAAGAUACAAUGUUAUCAAAAUUGGACUGUGGCUAAUUGCUUUUGCAUUAGGCAUCAUUUGUAUUAACCUUUCAAUAAUCGAUAGUGUGACUGAAUCAGUUGGCCGGAUAUUUCUACCAAUCAUAUUCAUUUUAUUGAUUGCUAUUGGUUCUGCAUGUGUUGAAGUCAAUGCUAUUUCCUUCGGGGUUGACCAGUUGCCACAAGGUUGCACAUCAGACCAGAUAAGCUCUUACUUUUUUUGGUAUGAUUUCACUCGAAAUGCCAGUACAUUGUUGGCAGUCAUUGUAUUUUUACUACUACAAGGUUUUUAUUAUUUCCUUGAUCUAGAAGAGGGCCAUUAUUACUACACAUCCCUUCAAGAACUAAUGAAAUCAAUCAACUUACAUUACAAGACUCUAAUCGUUAUCUUAAUAGCUGCUAGUGCUAUUGUUUGUAUUCUGCUACUGCACACUUUCAAGCAUUAUUGGUACUUUAAGAAUUCCCAACGUGAAAACCCUGUCAAGACAAUCGUUAACGUCAGUUGGUACAGUUUAACCGUGAAAAGACAUCCUCCCGUUUAUAGGAGAACAUUUCGCUACGGAGAAGCUAGACAGCCUCGAAUUGAACUGGCAAAAAAGGAUUUUGAUGGCAUAUUUGAGGCUGAAGAAGUUGAAAAUGUUAAGUCCUUCUAUCAAAUUCUGUUUCUCAUAUUAUCUCUGGGGGGAUUUUUGGCAUCUAAUAGGGGGGCUUCAUCGAUGCUCUCAUUACAAUUUGAAGCCGAAAAUGUAUUAGAGCUAGGCGAAUCAUACCGCAUUAUAGCUCCUUAUCUCAAUGAUUUGGUCAAUAUUAUUACGAUUGUUAUAUUUCUUCCAUUCUUCAACCAUGUGGUCUUGCCUUUUCUCCGCAUGUCCUUAAAACUCAGGUUGGUUAUUGGUCUAAUUUUUAACCUCAUAGCAAUUCUGAUAGCUGUAUUCCUCCAAGCAACUGUGCAGAUUGACAGCAAUGGCUUUGCGAUUGAAAGGUUUCUUUGGCUCCUUCUGCCGGCUAUUGUACUUUCAGUGGCAGAAACUAUUACCUUUGUCUCUUGUUUGGAAUUCAUUUAUGCCCAAGCUCCAGAGCCCAUGAAAGGACUUCUAACUGGACUGUUCUAUUUCAUGUUUGGAGUAUUUGGUGGUAUUUCCAGCAUUGUGUUUUACUGCUUCCCUUUUGAUAAUCAAGAAGAGGACAAAGUCGACUACAUUUUAUGGUUUUACAUUUUGUUUACAAUUGUUACUGCUCUAGGAUUACUAGUGUAUAUAAUUGUUGUGUGGGUGUGGUUUUAUCAAAACCGUCACAGACCAGCUGUGGAUGAAGAGGAUUUGACGCACAGACUAUAUGCACAAAACGUUUUUUUCCUCAAAAAUCGUGAUUGAAUUGUACUGUCAAUUUGUCUGUUGUACAUGUGUAUAAUUAUUGUUAAAUUAAUGUGUGAUCAUUAGUUGUGCAGUUUCACUUUGCAUUGUUGCUAUAACUGCAAUUUGACAUUGUGUUUGGGCUUCG